CCGCAAAAGGGAGGGGGGCCGGGCGGAGCCGGCGGCAGGAGGCCGAGCUCGCCACUAUAAAAGCGGAGGCGGCAGCCGUUGCUCUGCUCGCCGUGCUCGUUCUGGUGUGCCACUUGUGUGAGCCUCAGCCCUCCCUGACCGCUAACAUGGCGCUCUCUAACGACCCUCAUUUCAAGAAGCUGGUGGAGUGGCAUAAGGCGAACGCCUCUAAGCUUGUCCUGCGGCAGCUGUUCGAGGCCGACAAGGAUCGCUUCCAGAAGUUAAGCUUAACUCUGAAUACCGAUCAUGGGGAUAUCUUACUGGAUUAUUCAAAGAACCUUGUUACAGAAGAUGUGAUGAAAAUGCUGAUGGAACUGGCCAAGUCAAGGGGUGUAGAAAGUGCCAGAGAGCGCAUGUUCAGUGGAGAGAAGAUCAACUUCACUGAGAACCGAGCUGUGCUUCAUAUUGCUCUGAGAAAUCGUUCCAACGUGCCAAUACUUGUAGAUGGGAAGGAUGUUGUUCCAGAAGUAAACAAAGUGUUGGACAAAAUGAAACACUUCUGCCAGAAAGUCCGAAGUGGUGAAUGGAAAGGCUACACUGGAAAGGCAAUGACUGAUGUGGUCAACAUUGGGAUUGGUGGCUCUGACUUGGGCCCUCUGAUGGUAACUGAAGCCCUGAAACCAUAUUCCAAGGGAGGUCCUCGUGUUUGGUUUGUAUCCAACAUUGAUGGUACUCAUAUAGCCAAAACCCUGGCUGAGCUUAAACCAGACACUACGCUCUUCAUCAUUGCAUCAAAGACUUUUACCACUCAAGAAACUAUCACCAAUGCAGAAACGGCCAAAGAGUGGUUCUUACAUGCUGCUAAAGAUCCUUCAACUGUGGCCAAGCAUUUUGUUGCCUUGUCUACAAAUGCUCCUAAAGUUAAAGACUUUGGAAUUGACCCAGAGAACAUGUUUGAGUUUUGGGAUUGGGUUGGUGGCCGCUACUCUCUGUGGUCUGCCAUUGGUCUCUCCAUUGCCCUACAUAUUGGUUUUGACAACUUUGAGAGCCUGCUUGCAGGAGCCCAUUGGAUGGAUAAUCACUUCCACACUGCCCCACUGGAGAAAAAUAUGCCUGUUCUGUUGGCCAUGCUAGGGGUCUGGUACAUAAACUGCUAUGGGUGUGAAACCCAUGCCCUUCUGCCCUAUGACCAAUACAUGCACCGCUUCGCUGCCUACUUCCAGCAGGGUGAUAUGGAAUCUAAUGGCAAAUACAUCACCAAGAAAGGCUCUCGUGUGGACUAUAGUACUGGCCCUAUUGUGUGGGGAGAGCCUGGCACCAAUGGGCAGCAUGCUUUUUACCAGCUCAUUCAUCAAGGAACUCGCAUGAUUCCCUGUGACUUUCUGAUUCCAGUCCAGACUCAGCAUCCAGUCAGAAAUGGCUUACAUCACAAGAUCCUUUUGGCCAACUUCCUUGCUCAGACUGAGGCCUUGAUGAAAGGAAAGACUGCCGAUGAAGCUCGUAAGGAACUGCAAGCGGCAGGACUGAGUGGAGAUGCUCUGGAGAAGCUCCUUCCGCACAAGGUGUUUGAGGGAAACCGACCAACCAACUCCAUCAUGUUUACAAAACUCAACCCAUUCACCCUGGGAGCCAUCAUUGCCAUGUAUGAGCACAAGAUAUUUGUUCAAGGAAUUAUCUGGGAUAUUAACAGUUAUGACCAGUGGGGAGUUGAGCUUGGAAAACAACUUGCCAAGAAAAUUGAGCCUGAACUGGAGUCAAAUGCUCCAGUGACAUCUCAUGAUAGCUCAACGAAUGGGCUCAUCAAUUUCAUCAAAAAACACAGAGCCUGAAAUGAAAGAGUUGGAGGACAUCGACAAUCUAAUCACUGAAUACCCAAAUCUGUUGUAGUUGUGCUUUUUUUAGCCACUUCUAACAAAACUAGCACUUUACAGAUGUAGCUUCUUCACUUGUUGCAGUUAAUCUUGUUGCGUCAAGUGUUACAGUUGGAAACUAGUUUUGUGAAACCCAGAGAUUGUAUUGUUGCUUUCUAUUUUUGUGGCUGUUAAUCUGUAAAGUGCAGCUGGUAUGUUCCUCAGUUCUUAUCCCUCAACUUCCUUAAAGAUCACAUACUGGUAUUAGAAAAUAAAGGAUAUAACGGAUGAGUAAAA